ACCGGACAGCGAGGCGGAAGCAACCGGGCGUCGCGGAUCCGGCGGCCGGCACGUGUCAGCGAGCGUGACAGCCGCAGCAGAUCCGGGCCUCCACGUCCGCAUCCGUUUUUCCUUUCCGGACCGCCCCCGCCUCCGGCGAUCACCUCCCGGCGGCAGCGGCCAUGCGGAGCCGGAGCUCCACCGACCGCCUCGAGGCGCUCUCCCUCGAGAUCGAGCGCAAGCUGCAGAAGGCUCUGAGCUCAAACUCGCAGCGUCUCCAGAUACUGCAGCAAUUGUUUGCCGAUAUCGCAUUGAAGGUGGAUGAUCGUGCCCGAGAUGCAAUUAUGAGCGAGAAUGAUGAUGGCAUUGCUCCAGUAGAUGAACGAGAAGAUGGUCGGCUGUGCUUCUAUGAAAUUCUUGCCAAUCAUUUUGUUAGAGUGCCUGAAAGUGGGAGGCGAAUACUCGAGUUGAUAGUGCAACUGUGGAGUCAGUCCUUUGCGUCCAAUAUAUUUGCACUUCUUUUCCACAAAUGGUUGUUUGAAGCUCCUCUUGAUGGAAAAGAAAUAUCGCUAAGAUACAGCUCUGCCCUUGUUCAAGGUGCUACAAAUGUAUUUUGGAUUGACAUACAAACAAAUACAAGACAUUUUCUCUCCUUGUAUCAUUAUCUCCUUGAAGAUGUUGCACUAAUCCCUGACCGACUUACUAAAAUAUCAUUACAGGCUGGUAGAGACCUUUUCCUUCUGCUAUCUAGAUUCAUGUUCUUCUAUGAUCAGGAUCAUUUGCUCUCUAGUUUCCUAGAGCAUUUUCCCACUUUUCCAAAUUCUUUCUUGGUUGGUGGUCCAGCAGAUUACUUUGUAAUUGAACUCACUGAUCAGGUUCAAAAACUAAAAAUUGAGCCAGUGCUACUGCACUACCUCUCCUGCAUGAGCAUACUUCAAGGGCUGGAACUGAGGUUGAGUACAAGCACUAGAUUAAAGGCCUGCCUCUACAGCUUCACUUCUCCUGGUGGCCUUACCUAUCCAACACGAGCAGUACGUCAUGCAGCCUGGAAUACAUUGGAUUUACUUUUCCCUGUUGGUCGCUACCCAAGGCACGUGAUAAGCCUGUUCUUCCGGCUGCUGUAUCCGUGGUACUGGCCUUCUUCUUGCUGGAACUUCGUGGGGACCUGUGCCAUGACUAUCUACUACUACAUUUUAAACCUGCUCGUCUCAACCUGGGAGAGCCUGAGGCGGCAUAGUCACCGAAGAACGCACAGUGAAUGAAGGCAGGGUGUCUGAACCAGUACCAUCUUGUGUUGUUCAUUUUCUUUCGGUUUUCGCAAAGCAAUGUAGUAAAUAGUAGCUUAUGCGUUUGUGCAAACAACAUGUUCUGUAUGAACUGCUACAUCUGUUCAGUUGUCUAUAUAGGAAGAGGAACAAAAGGUGAUGAAGGAGAGCAUGUGCAUUUCUGGCUUC